AUGGCUGCUGUGGCGCCAGUUGUUUCUUUGCAUGAACAACAUCCUGAUGAUCUGUGGAAUAAGAUAUGUAUUGCUUUCCCUGUAAUAGCAAAUGAACCUCUUAUGCAAGAGUACCUAGAAGAACAAGUGCUUAAUGUCCUGGAACUUAUUUGUCAGCAUCAGUUGUCGACAUUUAUUGAAGAUUAUGUUGUUGACAAAAUUCAACAUAUAACCAUGCAAAAGAUUGUGCCAGAUUUUUGGAGCAAAUUUUGUAAAAGAGAGAAUGAAAUGCAGGGUUUUGAGAGUUUCAGAGAUGCUGUGUAUUCUGUUUACAAUUCUUUGAUAUCAUUUUGUCCAGUUUUUGAAAGAUUAGAAAAAUUACGAAACAUAUCAGGUAUUCACAGGGUGGUAAAUGGGGAAAAUACUUUGCUAGGGACUUUCAAAGUUAUUAUUAGAUCUUCUCUUCUUUCGCAACUUCCUUUAAACCAUCCCAAGAUAACAGAGGAUUUUUAUAGAAUAUCUUUUAAAGUGUUUUGUAAUUCAGAUAACUAUGUCUGUGAUCAAGAUGAUUCACCUGAAGAUAUGGUUCAUUGUAGUGGUUGUGAACAAGAAAUAGGACAAUGCCAGUGUCAGUCAAUAAUUUUGGUAUUUCAUGAAGUAAAUCAGAAGUUAAUUGAACUUGACCUUCUAGAACGUUUAGCUGGUGAAGUGAUUACAUCAUUGAUUCACUUACGGAUUGAAAAUCAUGUAGAAGAAUCUUGUAAAGGAAGUUUUGACACAUCACACAUCAGCACAUUGGAAAAAUGGUUGGAUAAUGUUGUAAUGGGUUGGCUCAGACGUAUUUUCAAUGGGAGUUCGGAAAAUGUGAAGAGUGAAAAGAAAACUGAAGAAGCUAUAAAAAAAUUCAAACAAAAAUUAGCUCAUUUUUUGUAUGAAACAUACACAAGAACCAGAAUUGAACAAUUAUUCAAUAUAAUUAUUGAAUAUCCUGACUCACAACCAGCUGUUGAGGAUCUCAGGAUAUGCCUUCAAAAGACUGAUCUUCGUCCAUAUUUAACUCAAAAACUUCAAAGAGCUUUGGAAACAAGAUUAUUACAUCCUGGUGUGAAUACUCCUGACAUACUAACAGCAUAUGUGGCUGCAAUAAGAGCUUUAAGACAAUUGGAUUCCUCGGGUGUUCUUUUGGAAACGGUUACUCAACCAGUGAGACAGUAUCUUCGAUGGAGAGAUGAUACUGUUCGCUGUGUUGUCAGUAGUUUGACCGAAGAAGGUCCUAGUGAAUUAGCUGAUGAAUUAGUAAGAGGUGAAGCCUUACAGUUGGACGAAGGUGUACCAUCAGAUGAAGAUACAGAAAACUGGGAAGCAUGGAAUCCUGAUCCAGUGGAUGCUGACCCGUCAAAAACUUCAAAAAGCAGGCGGACUUCUGAUAUUAUUUCAAUGUUAGUUAAUGUGUAUGGAAGUAAAGAAUUAUUUGUAAAUGAAUAUCGUACAUUACUGGCAGAUCGCUUACUUUCCCAAUUUAGUUACAAUACUGAAAAAGAAAUUCGCUACCUAGAAUUACUGAAGCUUAGAUUUGGAGAGUCACAACUGCAUUAUUGUGAAGUUAUGUUGAAAGAUGUUUAUGAUUCUAAAAGGAUUAAUGCUCAUCUUGAUUCAGAUCCUAAUUUUAAUUUAGAUAAACAGCAAUUUCCAGCGACAGCAAUGAUACUCUCUGCUCAGUUCUGGCCUCCAUUUAAAGAAGAAACAUUAGAAUUACCUAGUUUUGUUAAAGAACACCUUCAGACUUACACCAAAGCAUUUGAAACUCUUAAAGGGAAUCGAACUCUCUGUUGGAAGCCCCAUCUUGGAUCUGUAACUCUAGAAAUUGAACUAAAAGAUAGAAAACUGAAUCUUACUGUAUCUCCUAUUCAUGCUACUAUCAUAUGGCAUUUCCAAUCAAAAAACCAAUGGACUGUUGAAGAACUUAGUCAAAUAAUGCAUGUCCCUUCUACUGUACUGAGGCGAAAAAUUGCUUUUUGGCAGUCGCAAGGUUUGCUACGUGAAAUUUCCACAGACACUUUUCUUCUUGUUGAAGAAAAUCCCUCCAGAUCAAAGUGUCCUGUACCAGCAGAAAUGGUUUGUGAAGAUGAAGAAUCGGAAAGUGCCAUGGCUUCAGCACAUGAUCAACGUGAAGAGGAACUGCAAGUGUUUUGGUCAUAUAUUGUAGGAAUGCUUACAAAUCUAGAUUCUAUGCCUCUUGAGAGAAUUCACCAAAUGCUGAAAAUGUUUGCAUCACAAGGUCCUACCGCUGUGGAAUGUAGUUUACAAGAACUUCGUCAUUUCUUAGACAGGAAAGUUCGUGAACAUAAGUUAUUGUUUAGUGGAGGAUUUUAUAGAUUGCCAAAACCUUAA